CUCCGUCCGCCUUGCAGUCCAACCGCCAUGGCGCUGUCUCUCGUCCAGACCCUGCGUCCGCCAACGGUGCCAACAUUUGUGCGCGCGCUGUCAACAUCGCCCUAUGGGCGUACGCAUGUCUGGAAAAAGCGUGCGCCGAAGCUUCCGAAGCCGUUCGUUCCACAUUUCCCGCAGCGCGUCGUGCUGGCGGACGGCUCGAGUUUCAUUCAUCACACCACUUCUCCCCGCGGCACCUUCCGCAGCACACGCGACACAACCAAUAACCCGCUCUGGAACUCUCUAGUCGCGAGAGAGGGCGAAGAGGAAGAAGGCAAGCUCGUUGGACGCAUGGGUCGCUUCUCCAAGAAGUUCGAGGGCAUGGAAAUCAGUGAUAUCGAGGUGGAGGGAUCCAGCUCGAAGGAGUGAUGUUCCCUGAAUCUCUUUUUUUGCCAGUGCGUCC